AUGGGGAGGCGCCACGGUUGGCAGCUGCCUGCUCAUACCUUCCAGGUACUCGCUCCUUGAUCUGAGAGGCCCGCUGCACUUUCUCCCACCGCGUUUCUUCUUUGUAUGUGCGACAUCCUUUAUGAGUUCCGACGAUCCGUAAAAUCCCUAACGUAUCUUUCGUAUUGGAGUCUAAUGUGGUUGGUUUCCUUGUUCUCGCUACUUUGUGCAUUGUCUGUGUGUGUUUUCAAUGCUCGUUUUUGCCAUCCAUUUUUAGAUCUUCGAUAAAUGGUUAUGUUGAAAAGAAUAUGAUCUAGAUCUUCAGUAAACAGUCUUUGUAUGCGAUCUAGAUCUUCUUUGCUGAAGGGAAUAUGAUUUUCCACUUUGUAGUUGUCUUCGGCGGGUUACCAUAGGUAAUCUGUGUUGAUUGGUCAACCAGUGCAUGUUUGUUCUAGAGUAUUUUGUUUCGUGUUGUUACCCUCUGAUCAAUGUUUUAGUUCCUAGUCUCGUUUUGCCUUCUUUUGAGCAUCAAAGUUUUGGAGUUGACUAUUGAAAAUGGGAGCUCGUUUUACCAUCUUUUAAGCGAUCACACUUCGGAGUUUAUCAUUAAGAACACGAAUUUCCUAUUCAACCAGUAGGCAUCUUAUGCGUGAAAAGGUAAUGUAAGGGUUGGUUUCCUCUUAUCAGAAAGUUUUACGUCUGGUUGUAUUAUAUAUCUGAGUCUCUGUGAUAUCUACGCCCAAACACCAGUGCCUAAUGAAUUCAUAUGAAUAUCAUAAUUAUAUGUAUAUGAGACGAUGUUGAUGGUGUCUGUGAAGGUAUUUUAUGAAGAGGAAGCGUGUCAGAUAAGGGGUCCUGGUAUUAAUUGCUUUCUCUAAUUAGUUUUCAUGUUUGGGUUAAUAAUGUGGGCUUGAAUCCCUUGGUGAUGCCCAAACAUUAGAACUAGAACUUGUAGCUGUUUGUUAAUGGUUGUUUUUGUUACGAAAUUUAUAUUUUAAGUCAUUCAAAUCUAUGCUGUUGUCGUAUACCCUUUGGUAAUUUCAAGUAGGGUGACUUGAUGUGUGCUGCUGUCGGUCUGCAUGGUUUGCAUGAGGCUUUAAACUUUGGACAUGUACCAUCUCCACUCUUUCAACAAUGUUUGUGAAGCAAUUCUUGCUCUUUUUCUAUUGCAUGGAUUCUUUCUUUUUCAAGAGAAAAAGAUUGUGCUUUUGGACAGAGAAGAAUAGUACACACUUUUUAUUUUCGUGGAUACAAGGCUUGAUAAUGAAAGACACUUCAAAUUCAAGUUGGCAUAAUAAUGCCGCUAAGACUAAUAGAUAGGUAAGACCAGGGCACAAACUCAUGUUAUUAUGUUGCUUAUCACGAACGUCUUGUUGUGGAGGUGUCUUGUUAAUGGAAAUCAGCAUUUUGAAGAGCUUGAAUUUAAUGUGGAACAUUGCCAAGUUAAUUAUAUGACUUCAGUCCUGCAGUACUAGGCCAACUUCUUUAGUUAGUAUUCUCAUAGUGUUGCAUAGUGUUGAGGUGUCUUGUUAAUGGAAAUCAGCAUUUUGAAGAGCUUGAAUUUAAUGUGGAACAUUGCCAAGUUAAUUAUAUGACUUCAGUCCUGCAGUACUAGGCCAACUUCUUUAGUUAGUAUUCUCAUAGUGUUGCAUAGUGUUGAGGUGUCUUGUUAAUGGAAAUCAGCAUUUUGAAGAGCUUGAAUUUAAUGUGGAACAUUGCCAAGUUAAUUAUAUGACUUCAGUCCUGCAGUACUAGGCCAACUUAUUUAGUUAGUAUUCUCAUAGUGUUGCAUAAACGUCUAUGACUUGUUGAAAUUUUUGUCCAUAUGAAUGCAUGUUAUUAAGUUUAUUGUCUCAUAUUUGACAUGGAUGGGAUUCUCAUUGUCUUAUUGGGUUGAUCAUUUUAUCUUCUUAGAUUACUGGGUUCUCAUAUUUAUCUGUCUUCUUAGAUAGUUGCCUAUCAGCAUAAGAAUAUGCUUCAAUGUCCUGAAGCAAAUACUAAUGUGCAAGGCAGACAUUGUACCAUUCUUUUCCCAUGAGUUUUUUUAAUGAUGAUUUUCAAAUUUUCUCUCUCUCUUUUCUGGAUAAUCUCUUAUCAUGUCUUCAAGCUUUUUUAUGUGGAUUUUUUUUUUUAAUACUGGGUAUUAAUUUUCCUUUUCGUUUGCAGGUUGUUGCCAUCACUGUGUUUUUUUUGUUGGUUGUUGCAUUCUAUGCCUUUUUUGCACCUUUCCUUGGGAAGCGUAUCUUUCAAUAUGUCUCUAUUGCAGUCUACACGCCUGUGGUAUGAGAAUGACUCUAUUUGUUGUUUUAAUGUCAAUUUUUUUUAAACCCUUUGUCCUGAUAAAGAUCUGGAACUUUGAUUUCAGGCGGUCACUGUUUUCAUUCUGUAUGUUCGUUGCACAAGAAUCAAUCCUGCAGAUCCUGGGAUAAUGGAAAAGUUUGAUGUAGUCAAUGUGCCAAAGACACAUAAUAUAAACUUACCUGCCAAUUUCGGUACCAUAGAGACUGGAACUCGUUCUUCUCCAUUAUCGACUUGCAGAAGUUCUAUAGGGGGGCACUCCAGUACAAAAGAUGCCGCUGGAGUUGCCAGAAUUGAGGUUCCUUCAGGGCCUCCAAGGAAACGGUCACAUUGUUGCUGCUAUGUUGGAGCAUUCUUCUAUCUGUUAUUUGUGAAAGAUGAUUGCCGCAAACAGCAAGAAGGCAAUGAUCAACAAACUGCUGGGGAGGAUGCGCUUUUCUGUACAUUGUGCAAUGCUGAGGUACAGUUUUGUGAUUUAAUGUUUCUAGAUAAACUUGAUCUGUUAUGUCAGCAAGUAAUAGUUUUUGAGUACUAAUGGGUUAAUUUCCGUCAUUUCACACAAUGCGCAAUCUAGAUGCCACGCAUUAGUGCAGGGCUUGCCAUAGAUUUUGGUGAAGAGAAGAAACUUAUCAGGCAAGCUUAGUUCCUGGAUUUAGUGCUAGCCAUGGGUUGAAGAUCGUUCUCUUGAAAAGCUAUAUCUGCAAAAUUGUUUUCUUCGACUAUUUCGUUUGUUUUACACUUUCAGUGGUUUCAUAACUGAAUUAUAGAUGCGCUUUGCUGGAGAUACCUCUGGGUGUCUUUGUUAUUUGUCUUCAGUGAUUUUGUGAAAUUUUGUGAUCCUUUGUUUUUUUUACUUUGCACACUUCAAGUCUCUAAAGAAGAUUUUCUCUAAACCUUCUGACCUGUGAACCCUUUCGGGAGUUUUAGAAGGUUGGUAAGACUAUUACCUUAAAAAUUUUCCCACUGAGUUUUUACAUGAGAUAGAAUGUUAUACAGAAGCUCUGUCUAUCUGUUUUCUUUUCAAAGGUAAUCUUCUUGUAAUUUCUGUAUUGGAAGAACGGCUGGUCAUAGUUCUUAGAAUCAUGUGAUGGAUGAAUGUUUCACUGCUUCCACGAAGUUCAUUCAAGAUAUUUUGUAGAAUUAUUUUUCUGGACACCAUAACAUUCGGAACUAUUUUGACCAUAAGACGUCUGGUGAAGGUGAAGAAGGCAAAGGAAACACAUUGAUUAUUAGGCUUCCCCCCCCAAUAGUUGGGAUUGCUUGCCUAUUUGUUGAUACAUUCGUGAAUGUUGAAUAUUGCACACGAGGAAAUGAUGGCCUUAGGUUUGUGCUCAUGUCUGAAUUAACUGUUACGAUAAAGUGAUUUAUUUGAAUUUGUGCUUUAUCUUGUGAGUUCGAAUUAGUCUUCUUUAUGUGUUUUCCUGGUUUUGUACUGUGCCUGGGGUCGUCAAAUCUAUCAAAUGCAAUUGAUAAUUUAGGCUUUGCUUGUGGUAAUGUUUUCUCUUUUCCUGAUGUAUGGUAGGAUCCUCUGUUGACUAAUUUGUUUAGUCUAUUUCAUGGGCAUUCAUUUUUAAAGUUCACUGGAGGGCAAUACUCAUUAUCUUAGUUGAUGUCUAUUAUUACCUAUCCUCAGGCAUUUGUAACUGUGUGCAGCAUAGCCUUCUGUAUCUCUCCUUUUUAUUUACACAUUCAUGCUUAUAAUUGUCGAUGGAUAUAUUUAUCAUAUCCAUGUAGAUAAGUAAUUGUAUUCGUUAUGUACAUGAAUUGAUAAGUAAAUGUGUACUGUGCCUGUAACCCUUAGCGAUAAUCACGUUUGCUGUAUUAGAAACAGGAUGUUUACUUUGAUCAAACGAUAGAAUAUUUCAUGCUAUAUUCUAUUUUGCUCUUAUUUGGUCAAACUUUUAACCUUGCAGGUGCGUAAGUAUAGUAAACACUGCAGAAGUUGUGAUAAAUGUGUGGAUGGAUUUGACCACCACUGUCGGGUAUGAAACUGCAAUUUGCGCUCUUUAGACAGUGACUUAUUUUUUUUUCUGUUUGUUUAUUUGAUUUCUGUCAUCAUCAUAAUGUUAUCUGUGCUUCUGAUGACCAGUGGCUUAAUAAUUGUGUGGGGAAGAAAAACUAUGUAACUUUUAUUGCUCUUAUGGCUACAAGUCUGAUCUGGGUAUGCUUUUCCUACAUCACAUAUUACCUUUAGCUUCACAUUGGCAUUCAAUCUAUGGAGACCUGACCAAUUUACUGUGUUUUCUGCUAGUUCAGCUUGCAAUUGAAAGUGGUGUUGGAAUUGCUGUUCUCGUGCUCUGUUUUGUCGAUAAGAAAGGAACCGAGAGCAGCAUUGUGGAAAAGCUUGGGAAUGGCUUCUCUCGGGCCCCAUUUGCAGCAGUAGUGGUAAGCCUUUUGAAGGAAAAAUUUCGUUUGCUCAGAAGGUUUUGUUGUACAACGAUUAUGUAUGCUGAAAUGGACUUCAUUUUGCUUUAUCUCGUCGUAAUAAUAAACAGUUUACGACACCUUCCUCGUCAGAAGAUACCAAAUAUAUCUUUUCAACGUUUUAAAUGAAAUAAUGCAUCAUGCGUUGAAGAUUCUUCAUUUAUUUGUGUGGAUUUCUGUUUGAUUUCAGUUAGCGAUUUUCCUAUUAAAUAUAGUCAUUUUCAGAGAAAAAUAAUUCACUGCUGAAUCUCUCCCUCGUACAACUUGAUCUGUGAUUUGUCAUUGCGAUUCAUACUAAAGUCAUGUUUUUGACAGUGUCCUUUUGUUGAGGUGUCAUUGUUGCCUGCCUACUUUUUGAAGUCGUAGUGGGAUAUCAGAUAUUUUAUUGUGUAAAUGACAUUAUCGUCAUGAUUAUGGUUUAGAUAUUUUGCAUGAAUUUUCGCAACUCUGGGUAUAUGCAGGAUCUAUAUGCAGUCAAUGAGAGGGAUAUUAUAGUAGACGGGCAAUGAGAUUUAUCCAAUAUUUGUAGUCUGCUCCAGGAGUGUAGAGAUUAGGUCCAGAACACUCAUGCUGACAGAGUAAACUUGGUCUGUCCCUCGCUCCAAGGCAUCUAAAAGUGCAUUCCGUCUAUAGCAAGAAGUUCUAGAGUCUAAAGAUACGAUUGCUCAGUCCAAAGUUCUGGCAUCUACGAUUGGUCAGUGUGUAGGACAACAUGUACUAGUUCGACAUUCGCACAAUCCUUCCUCCACCAUCCUAGGCAUCUGCCUCUGAAUGCCUUGUUAAAGUUUUUGUCAAAUUCUGAAUGGCAAUGAACAUUCAAGAAAAAGUGAUCUAAUGCCUUCACAGCCAUGUACAUCGCAAGAUGUCUUAACUUCACUGGAGAAAAUAUCAAGCCAGUUCCUUUCAAAGGAUAAACUUUGCUUCCCAUGAAAGGUUCUGCUUAGAAACAAGCCUUCUCUUUCUUAAAAACAAGUUUUGCUCUCAUAUUAGAAUGUCUUGUCACUCACUCUCUAGAUAUAUUUUUUCUUAGUUACACUUCUAUUGAGAAACCUUUAAUCCGGCAAAUGACAUUCAAAACUGCUACUGACGAUGCUGCCUUCCAUGCUCGUUAUGCAUAGGAAUUCUUCUCUAAUUAAUCUCAUUCCAUCAUCUCCAUGUCGCCACCAACAUCCCAUAAAAAUAUGGUAUGUGUUGCUUCUAGGUCCAUCACUGCUAAUAAAAAAACGAUGAUGUUUUGUUGGCAUACUUCUAUGUUCUGUCAACCAUUCAAAACCAUAGUGGUUGCUAUUUGUUGGAUACUUGAAGGAAAACGGGAUUUCUGCAACCAAAGUUUUUGGGCAAUAGAUGAAUGGGUAGUCAGACUUUUUCGAUAGGGUUCGAAUGAACAAAUAUGUUUUCACUUUUCAACAUCUGAGUACCAACUAUCUGGAGAAUCUCAGAUCUCUUGGAUGUGGCUACGAGGCUAGCAUCCUAUCUCCAGGUACUCUCAGUUUUACCAUAUCACCAAAGUGCCCCGAGGCUAGUCGUACAGGGGUAUCAAUCAGAUUUCGAGGGCUUGAAAUGUGUUGUCCAUCUGUAAGGCAAAAAUGCUGUACUCGGUGGAGAGGUAUUUGAAUCCGACUCUGGACGUGAUAUGACAGCUAUGUCUACAGUAUUCUUCUUUGAAUCUCGAAUUCAAGUUCCAUGAUCGAACUUAAACAUAAAAUGAACCAUGCCCUUGAGAGAAAAUUUGUCCAUUUUGCCUUUUUAAUUAAUCAUAUGAUCCUUUUCUGCUAGCGAUUCUUCUAACUUCUAGUGAAGAGUUUGAUGCCCACGUUCUACUCCACUUUGCAGGCGAUAUGCACUGCGGUAUCAUUGUUGGCGUGCGUCCCUUUAGGAGAACUUUUUUUCUUCCACAUAAUUUUGAUCAGGAAGGUUCGUAACAUGAAUUUAGUGGCUAUGUUUUUUGUUCCCAUUCCUUCCUGUUUUACAACAUAAACCUUCUCUCCUCCGACAGGGCAUCACAACCUAUGAAUUCGUCGUAGCAAUGAGGGCCAUGAGUGAGGCCCCUCCAGCUUCUGUUGACGAGGAUGGACAGAACGCACAGAAUAUCCUUUAUUCUCCUACAGGCUCCGCCACAACUGGCUUUAGUGGAGCGAGUUCCCGAGGUCUGCAGUAUAAGGGCGCAUGGUGUACCCCUCCUCGAGUAUUCAUAGAUCACCAGGUAUGGUUUCGUAUCUUUCCCUCUUCUUUAGUCUCUGUGUUCCAUGGAAUCACUCUCCCAGUGCAUCUCAAUCUCCUGAAUUCGCUGAACAAUUUGCCGUCUGCAGGGUUCUUGAUAUUUCAUUCUUUCUUUUUUUUUAUUUGAUGUGUUCUAUGAUAGAAUAGGAUGGUCUGGUUACUCAACAUCUGUGAAAGUAUCUGAGUAAACUGAGGCGUUUGUUACGAGGCUGGUUUCUGACGUUUGGAAUAUUGGUGUUGUAGGAUGAAGUCAUACCGCACUUGGAACCUGGAAUGGUGCCCUCGACUGUGGAUCCUGAUGCUGCCGGAUUUGUAGAAAGAGGGAACAGGGCGCCCAGGAAACCCAUCAAGAUUAGCGCCUGGAAGCUUGCCAAGUUGGAUUCAAGUGAGGCCAUAAGGGCGGCUGCAAAGGCCAGGGCCUCCUCUUCUGUUCUGAGGCCCAUCGACCAUGGGCGAGUGCCCGAUGCAGAUCACAGCUCCAGUGGGAAUGCCAGCUGCAGGAGUAGCUUGAGCACGGACUUUGGGAUUAACAGGGAGGUCAAAAGUGAGCUAAGGCUGUCUCCUCUGAGGAAUUCCUAUGCCCCGAGUCAUGCCAGCAGAGAUGACUACGAAACUGGCACGCACAGCAUGAGCAGCUUCAGCAGCCCCGGCCACGUCCAGGAGUCCAUCGCCCUCAGCCCGCCGCCCCAGACUACCACCCUCCCUGACCGGCCACCGAUCCCUCAUCGGAUGCCACCGAAUGGAACCCACUUGACCAAUCCAGUGUUUCAGUCGGGUACGUCGAUUGUCAGAAAGUCGUCAGUCGUUUGGGACCAAGAGGCCGGCCGGUAUGUCUCAGUGGCGGCGCCACCCUUGAGAGGAGAAGCUGGAUGGGAUGCUGCUGUCCGCGCCACCCGCCCAUCUUCUGCGAUUCCGGCCCCGGAGACGAGCAGCUAUAGCAGACCAGUCGCUCCACCGGCGACAAGGGCCCCAGCACCACAUCAGCAGGAGAGGCUCUUGUACACUGGGCAGUCGAUAUUCUUUGGCGGCCCCCUCCUGGGUGUUCCUACAAGGGACAGCCAAGGGACGAAUGCAGCAGCAGCUCCACCUCUCCCGCCGGAGGGUCAGAGGGAGGGCGGUGGCGCCCCGAGGGAGAUCAGGGGAGGAGGCGGUGAUCGGAGGGCGGCGUUAGACUCGUUCCCAAUAUUUGCUCCAGGAGCUCUCGAGAGGGAGCCCCCCAGUAACCUGAGGUAG